ACAAGCAACACUUCAGACUUUAAUACUCAUCUAUUCAGUGCAAACAUACUCCUCUGGACACAAUUGUCCUUACAUAUAGACAAUAUGGUGGACAGCCUGCUGCUUGGUGUGGAGGGAAUAAAAAAAACUAUCUUGUAUGGAGGAUCCAGCGAGAUUCCCAAAUUCAUCACAGGAUCUAAGGUGACUUUCCAUUUUCGAACCAUGUUGUGCAAUGAUGAUCGCACUGUGCUGGAUGACAGUAAGAAGGUUGGGGUGCCAAUGGAAGUGGUGAUUGGGAACAUGUUCAAGCUGGACGUGUGGGAGACUCUUCUCAAGUCCAUGCGCAUAGGAGAAGUUGCAGAGUUCUGGUGUGACAUAAUCCACACUGGUCUUUACCCGAUGGUGGCAAAAAGUCUUCGCCGUAUUGCGGAGGGAAAAGAUCCAGUGGACUGGCACAUCCACACGUGUGGCAUGGCUAACAUGUUUGCAUUUCACACGCUGGGUUAUGAAGAUCUGGAUGAGCUGCACAAAGAACCACAGCCUCUCAUCUUUGUGCUUGAACUAUUAAAGGUUCAGCAGCCAAACGAGUAUCACAGGGAGUCAUGGGCGAUGAAUGAUGAGGAGAGACUAAAGGCUGUUCCUGUGCUUCAUGGCCAUGGGAACAAGUUGUAUAAACAGGGUCGCUUUGAGGAGGCCACAAACAAGUACAAGGAGGCAAUCAUUUGCAUCAAAAAUGUUCAGUCAAAGGAGAAGGCCUGGGAGGCCCCAUGGCUAAAGCUCGAAAAGGUGGCCAACACUCUCACACUCAACUACUGCCAGUGUCUGCUGCGCAUGCAGGAGUUUUACGAGGUCAUUGAGCACACCAGUGACAUCAUCAACCAGCAUCCUGGGGUCAUGAAAGCUUUCUACCUGCGGGGAAAAGCACACAUAGAGGUGUGGAACGAGGCUGAAGCCAGGGCUGACUUUCAGAGGGUGCUGGAUCUUGACCCAAGUAUGAAGAAGUUGGUAAAGAAAGAGCUAGCUGUUCUCAACAUGCGAAUGGAAGAGAAGAGAGAAGAAGACAGAGAAAAAUACAAGGGCAUGUUCACAUCUACCACGACAGGAAAACUAUUACAGAACAAAUACAGGCACUGGGGAAUACAAUCCAAGAAACAGUAGAACAAGCACCUACAGACCAAGAAACAGCAUUGAAGGAAACUCCAGAGAAAGAUAAAUUGUUAAAAAAUACUUUGAAUGAAGAAACUGUAAAGCAGAAUGUUCCAGAGGAAAAUGAUCCAGUUGGAAAAACAAUAGAGCAGGAAACUCUGGAGAAGGAAUCUCUAGAGCAAGAAAUUGCAAAGAACAAAAAUCCAGUAGUAGCAACUCCAGUGCAGAAUGAAAUACUAAAGAAUACAAAUUUAGAGCAAGAAACUUUAAAGAAUGAGGCCCCAGAGAAUGGUACUCUAGGCAAUGAACCUCCAAAGCAGGAACAUUUAGAGAAUGAAUCCCCAGAGCAAGAAACUAUUGGGGGUGAAACUCCAGAGAAUGAAUAGAAAGUUACUCCUGAAUAAAGAACAGCAUGACAAGAAAAUGUAUCCCAGGUGACCUCAACUGUGGCACAAACAAGACCACAAGUAAUGACUGUCAGUGAUGAAGACACUUAGACUUAGUCUGACAGCCAUUUGCUCCAUUUUAUCCCUUUUAAUGGAUUUGAUCUAUUAGGGAUGAAGUGGACACAAUGCUUACUAUUAAAAUGCUAUCUGCUAUUUGAUCAAAUACUAGAGUCAUUUUGAGUAUGCAAUGAAUUAUACAAAGAUCUGUGGUUU